CUUCUAUAUAAAAUGAUAGAAGAAGGAACAGUUUCUAGGCAAUUGCCAACAAUGGCUAAUUUCACCUUCUUCUUCACCAUCAUCUUCAUCUUCACCUUUUCCUUCACUUCACUCUUUCCACACAGUCAAGCUUACACAAAGUGUUCCAAUGGCGGUCCCGAUAUUCACUCCCCUUUCCACAUAAAAGGCCAACGACGAGUACAACAUCCCAAAAACGACACCGUCAAUUUCCAGCUUCUCUGUAAAGACAACCCCACCACAAUCCACUUCCCAUCUUAUGGCGACCUGGUCGUGAAAUCCAUUUCCUACGACGCGAAAAAGCUCGAUCUUGUCGACCCGAAAAGCUGCGUUCACGAGGUCUUUCUCAAUCUCAAUCUCUCAAACACGCCAUUCAAGUAUUACUACGUUGUCAAAAACUACACCUACAUAAGUUGUUCAGCCAAGCUCAAGCCUGGUUUUGCAGAAAUACCCUGUUUAAGGGGUUAUGAUCAUUAUGUUUAUACAGUAGAGCCUUCAAUGGAUUUGCCUCUUUCUUGCAAACCAAUCAAGACGGUUGCUAUUCCUUUCAAGUACAGUCCUUAUUUGUCUGAUAAUAGUUUUGGUUUGGGAUUAACUUGGGGUUUUCUUGGAGACAACGAUUGUGAUGGCCAACAAGGCCCAUGUGAUUUACAGAGUGAAAAUGUUGGUGGCUUCAGAGUGGGACUUGUUCAAGUUCUGAUCAAUAGUGGCAUCUUGGCUUUCGCUGUGGCAUCGGCAUUUUUCGCGAUCAAAAUGAUGUAUUACUCAAAAUUAGAACCAGUUUGUCAAAAGGAAUUUGGGCACAAUCAAGUAGAGAGUGAGAAAUAUCUGGGAGAGUAUAGAGCUUUUGUUUCGGAUGUGGAAGCUUCUGUGCAGAAAGUAAGCAAUCGCUGUUGAAGUGUCUCCUUUUAGAGGAGAAUUAAGUCACAUUCUGUGUGAUAUGUAAUUAGGAUCUCAAGAUUAAUUAUUGAAUUGUCGAGACAAUAUUUUUGUAAUAUGCAUAGCUUUAAGUUUGCUUUUGAAAAUUUCCUUUUUUUUUUAAAUUUUUUUUAUAUUGAACAGUUGAUUAUGUCUCUUGCUGCAUAAAUUUCUGUUG